AUGGAGAUAUCACGACGUAAUGGUUUUACUGAAGAUGUUCGUGUUGGUUGGUAUGCUAAACUUGAUUUAAUACUUCGAACAAAUAAUCUGAAAACCCGACCACAUGCCAUUUUCAAUUGUGAUGAAAGUGGUUUCAGUGAUGAGAGUGCUGGUGAAAUGGUGAUUGUGUCUCAUGAAACAAAAGAAGCUUAUGAACAAUCUGGUGGUAGUGGAAAGUGUUUUACAACCAGUUUAAUGUGUAGUAAUGCAGCAGGUGAAAUAUUGCCUCCUUUUAUUAUAUAUUCAGCAAAAAGUUUGAAUCCACAAUGGACUUUUGGUGGGCCACCUGGCUCUUCAUAUGCUGUAUCUGAAUCUGGAUGGAUUAAUGGACAUUUAUAUGUUGAAUGGUUUAAAUGGUUUAUUGAACAUACAAAGAAUAUUUCCAAACCAAUUCUUUUAAUUAUGGAUAAUCAUCCAUCUCAUGUUGGCAUCGAACUAAUUCAAUUGGCAAAACAACAUCAAAUAUUGUUAUUAUUAUUGCCCCCAAAUUGCACACAUGUCCUACAGCCACUGGACGCUGUAACUUUUGGUGUUGCUAAGCAAGUAUGGAAAAAUUUAGUGAGUAAAUACUUCUCACGAACUGAUCGAAGAACAAUUCGUAAAAUUGAUUUACCUGGUCUUUUUACUAAAUUGUAUCAAUCAGCAUUUACAUCUAAACAAGUACUUGCUGGUUUUGUACGGGCUGGAGUAUGGCCAUUUAAUCCCGAUGCCAAUAAAGACAAAGUAGUAAAGCAACCAUUGACGGCAAAACAACUCAAUCCAUUACCACAAACAACAAAUUCAACAAAUCUUUCGACAUCGUCAACACAGUAUUUUCUUACUAAUAACAAUACUACUCCUGUUACUAUAUCUUCAAUUUCAUCAUCAUCAUCUUCCGGUUUAAGUGAUUCAAAUGUAUCAACGAUGGUAAUGGAUAUCGAUAAUAGUGAUGACGAUGAAUUAAAUCGUUUACUAAAUGAAAUUAUUUCAAGUAAUGCACCAGCAACUGCACCAGAAAAUUAUUCACCAUCUACAACCAUGCCUUCUUCAUUUACUCACAAAAUAAACUUUGAUCAACAAUUAACUACAAAUCAAAAUAUGAGUACAUUAAGUUCAUCGUUCUUAAAUCCAUCUUAUUCAUUUCAAUUUCCAUCAUUUGUAUCUGAUGUAAGUAUGAAUACAAAUUCAUCAAAUCAAUUUGAGUCGUCAGUUGAUAAAUCAAAUAAUACAAUUUUACCUGUCGAUACAAAUUCAUCAAUCAAACAAACUCGUCAAUCAACUGAAAGUAUAUCAACGCUACCGACAAGUGAAAUUGAUUUAAAUGAAGUUGAUGAUGGACAAAAAAUUAUUGGUUUUGAUCCACGUACUUUACCAACAACAGAUCGACAAAAUUCAUUUAAUUUGAAACAACAUCCAAAACAACGUAUGUCAUUGAUUGAGUUUGAAAUAGAUGAUGAUGAAGAAAAUCGAAUGGAUGGUAAAUUAAUACCGGUUCAUAUACCAACUACUGGACGUCCAUCACAAACAUCAGAGUUUAGUCAAGUGAAUAUUGGCGAACAAAUUGUUAAUCCAUUACCAUCAAAUCAAAUGAGUCCAUCUACUGCUGUUCGUUCAAUACUUGUCGAUUUACUUCAACAAUAUACUCCAAGUUCAUCUUCACUUCCCAAAACACAUAAACGAAAAAGAAUAGAAGGAAUAUAUGGUGAAGAAAUUACAUCAAGUGGUAGAUUAGAUGAAUUAAAACAAAAAAAAUUAAAGCCAAAUCGUAAACGACGAACAUUUAGCACAACAGAACAAACUGGUAAUGGUUUAGAAACAACAACAACAGCAAAAAAACGUAAACUUUCUAAAAAAACGAGUGAAACAAUUACUUCUUCACAAGUAACACGUGCUAUUGCUACUGUUCGAACUUUAUCUUCCAUCGACAUAAGUCCUGAUCAAAAUGAUAUUUCUUCUUCUCAUCUUCACAAUCAACAAUAG